AUGUUGGCUGCAGACCUGACCAUAUUUGCUGUGGGACUGGAUGUCAAGAACGAAAGAAAGGGAGGGACCCACGGUGACUCCUGGGUUGGGCCUGGAGAUGCUGAGCCAGGGGUGCCCCUUACUGCGCUGGGGGGACCAGGACAGAGAAGCCUGGAGGUGAUUCUCCAAUUCUCCUUGGCGACAGGAAGCUUCUGGAACUCUGCCCUGCAGCUGGUGAGCAGCGACAAGACCUUCUUGAGGGUGGAGGAGGAGCUGAGCUGGCUGGACGCCCUGCGGCACUGCCGGACGUACCACACAGACCUGGCCGACCUGCAGAGCUUGAACAGCUGGGGCGCUGUGACGGCCCUCUACAGGCUGACCCGCAGCACCUCGGCGUGGAUCGGCCUCUUCUUCGACGUGAACCUGGGCAGCCUGAGGUGGUCCAGCGGCUCCGUCUUCAGCAUCCCCGUGUGGAGCGCGCUGCCCAUCUUCAAGGAGGGCAUCUGUGCCACGCUGUACUCCGUGAGCAUUGUCCCCGGCCUGGGCGCCGCCUCCUGUACAGCUCAGAAGCCCUUCAUCUGCUACUACGAUCCGGACAAGGGGCAGCACCACCUGGUGGAGCCCGCUCUCAGCCUGAGCACCUCUGCAGAGCCAGUGGUGGUCCAGAUCGGCCAGCUGACCUUCAGGCGGUUUCACCGAGGAGCGACGUGGCUGGCGGCUCUGCUGAGCUGCCGUGCCCACCACACGGACCUGGCUGACCUGCAAACGGUGACUGACGCGGACGCCAAGGGGGCCCUGAGGUCCAUCACCAGUGAGACGGAGGCCUGGAUUGGCCUUUACUUGGACGCAGCCUCUGGGUCUCUGAGCUGGUCCAGCGGCCAGGGCACCAGCAUUCCCAGAUGGCUGCAGGUGCCCCAAUUCGGGACAGGAUUGUGUGCGGGGCUUGGCACAUACUACAGCUACGCCCCCAGAGUUUACUCACAGGCCUGCUCUUCCCUGCGACCAUUCAUCUGCUUCUACGACCCCGCCAUUGGACACCGGGAGUCGGCAGCGCUCCCCCAGCUUGGCCACAUUCCCUCCUCCACAGCGACUGUGGGGACGACAUCCGGGGCAGCUGUGUCCAGAGAAGGAGGAAGCACUGGUGUAAGAGACACAGCCACUGCCACUCAGGCCCAGCCUGUGAGCACAUCCAACCACCCAAAGUCGCGAGAAAAAACUACAGCAUCAGAAUCAGGGAAAAUCUUUGGGAUCCUGAAGGCAGACUUCACCAUUCCAGCUCUGGCGGACCCGGAAGAUAUGAAAGAGCAAUUUCUGAGUGAGAUCCGGGAAGUCUUAAAGCUGACGCUGGGUCAUGAGCGGUUCAGGCUGACGUGGGUCGGCCGAGAAGGAGACAAGAAGUAGCUCACACGCCUGCCGAUCUGCGGCCUCCUUCCCGUGCAUCGUCGCCUGGGUUUGCGUGACUCUGCGUUCUUUGAAUUUCCAGUAGCUCAGAAUGAGAAAGAACUCCAGAGCCCGGGACUGGCUGGGCUGAGGGUGGAACUUAGAUCUCCUCCCAACUCCAGAGAAAACCACACAGGAGACCCACACCCCUGGGACUUUAGAGAACGAGGCAGGUGAAUAAGGGGUGUUUGGGACACUAGCUUUGAGAAUGACGAGCAAAUGAGAACCGAAAAACAAACUCGGAAACAAACCCCAUCAAUCUGGGGGACUAGGAGGGGUCAGUGGUAGUCUGGGACGCUAAGCGUGGCCACGCUUCCAAGCCCAGUGGGUCCUUUCUUCCCCAGCGACAAUCUAUUAGAGGGAUUUCAAAUUCUCCAGAAUGAGGUGCUGUCUAGGGCACCACCACGAUACCACACUGUGUGUUUGUGCCAUUUGUCUCAAAUCUAAAUAUUUCUUACCUGUAAAAGUCAGGGAAUUCUAAGGCAUAAUUCUUAAGGUUAAAAUGUACCUUCAGAAUAAUGUUCCUG